UGAAGUAAGCGACGUCAAUAAACACAGCGCCGGGUGGUGGUGGUGGUAGCAGCCUCCCUGCACUAAGAAUACGUAAUAUUCAUCAGUUUAAAGACGUAUAAGGCAGUGUAUCAUGUUUGGCGUCCUGCGGCGUGGUGGGUGUGGGUUGUACGAGAGUGUGGCGAGGCGUGUCACUGUGUUCCCGACCUCACAGCAUCACUGCGCGGCAGGGGAGAGGAAAUACAUCCCGCGGCGAGCAGUCCUGUACGUGCCUGGCAAUGACGCGCGCAAGCAGCAGAAGAUCCCCUCCCUGGCGGCGGACUGCAUCGUGCUGGACUGCGAGGAUGGCGUGGCGAUGUCCAUGAAGGACGCAGCACGAUCCAAGAUCUACCAGACGCUGCACACCCAAGCCAUUGACUUCACGGGAAAAGAUUGUUCGGUGCGAUUCAACAGCGUGCAGAGCGGCUUGUGUGAGGAGGACAUGCGGGAGAUCCUGUCAGCGCAACACGUGCCGGCCACUGUACACCUGCCCAAAGUGGACUCACCUGAACACCUCACUUGGUUCGCAGACAAGCUGAAGACCACCCUGGGCACACGCGCUAUGGAGAAGCUGCGCCUAGUCAUUUUUACAGAGUCAGCUGAGUCACUUCUGUGCCUCCCUGACAUAUGCCGGCGAGGUGUUGAACUCUCUCAUGAUUUUCCCUUCCUUCUUGACGCCAUUGUGUUCGGCUCUGAUGACUUCUGUGCUGAUAUUGGUGCCACAAGGACCAAUGAGGCGAGGGAGCUGCUGUUUGCCCGGCAGUAUGUGGUGACAGUAGCAAAGGCCUUCAAGCUGCAGGCCAUUGAUCUGGUGUACAUUGACUACAAAGACCUGGAGGGCUUGAAGCACCAGAGUGAGGAGGGAGCUGGUAUGGGCUUCACUGGGAAACAGGUGAUCCACCCAGGCCAGGUUCCGGUGGUGCAGGCAGCCUUCUCUCCUCCGCCCCAGAAGGUGGAGUGGGCGGCAGCGCUGGUGGAGGCCUUUGAACACCACCAGAAGGAAGGCAAGGGCGCCUUCACCUUCCGAGGGAACAUGAUUGAUAUGCCGCUGCUCCUCCAGGCUCGCAACAUCCUGCAGCUUGCCGCCGUCACUGCCAAGUAAACUGUGUGGCGGCUCGCUUGUCCAGGUGGAGUGGUGGCCAGGUGUGGGUCAUUGGUUAGUGUGGCCCUUCAGGUGGUGGUGGAUGUUUGCCAUGGCCUGCUUCACCGUCUCCUGCGUCAGGCCUGUCAUCGCUGCACCCUCCUGCUGACCGCUGCUGCGCUCUGGGGGAGGACAUCAAGCUUACGUGUCUUGUAUUUACUUAUUGUCAGCAAGAUGAGGAGCAAGUCUGUAAGUUAAUCUGUCAAUAGUACAUCAUAAUACUGUAUCAUUUGAAAAGAUCUGUGGUCUGUAUUCUGAAACACUUCCCUCUCUCACCAUUGAUUUGAGGCUACAGAAAUUAUUUGCUGUUCUCAAGGGUUUCUAUAGUUAAUAAUGUAAAAAUCUUGUUCAUUUAUCACUAGAACCCUGAAAAUACCCUUAAAAACCUGUGAACCUUCAACUAGAGCCUUUUCAAAGCAGUGGAGGUGUUGGCAGAAGUGUUUCAGAACAUGGCCCUGUGAAUCGAUCUAUCAACAGAUCAUAACACUGUACCACUUUCAUGAACUCCACAAGACAAUGGUGGUCUGCUAAAUAUGUACAAACGGCAUCAUCUCUUUCACAAAAUAAAGCUUUAUAUUAUGA